UCCAGGCAAAAAAAAUAUUUGGUCUUUUAAAAAUCCGAUAGUGAAAAACAUAGAAAUAGGUAUUAACAAUGUUGUGAGUAAAGAGACCGGAAGCAUCCUCGUUUCUGCCGUUUGACCACAUGGUGGCCCUGUGACUCUCCUUCUCUGCGCUCCUCCUUGCCUCCGCCAGCGUAAAAGCCCAGCUUCCCUCCUCCUCCUCCUUCACCUCCUCUGCCUCCCUCUACUUCCACUCAUCCGCCGUGGAGCUGCGCAGAGCCUCCGCCGCUCCUCCAGCUCCGCGCAGUCUGCUGUGAAGAUGGUCGGCGGCUCGUGUGCGCGCAGGCUGGCCCGCCGGUCCCGGUCCGCGCUGAUCGCGGCGCUCACGGUGCUGCUGGUGCAGACUCUGAUCGUGUGGAACUUCAGCACCCUGGACUCCGGGGAGGACCAGGAGAGCGCGGGCUCCAGCGUGCGGGGGAAGAGGGACCGGGUCGCGGGCAACAAAGCCGCUGGCAGCGACCAUUUCCAGCGCGGAGUCCAGCGGCAGCCGGGCCAACAUCUCCCUUCUCCGGGGAGGGGGGCGUCUCGACACAAACAGCAGCCGGACGGGUAUUACUCCCACCGCCCGAAGGAGAAAAGUCGAAUCGACAGCAACAACGAGAACUCUGUGCCCAAAGACUUUGAGAAUAUAGACAACAGCAACUUUGGAGCACGCUCACAGCCUCACCGACAAGCCCCCAGCAGCAAGCAGCGGGAGUAUCUGCAGGAAAAGGCCCACGCACAGCAGCAGGCCUGGAGAGACAGCUCCCCCAGCCUGGGACGCAGCUCAAAUGAGGUUCUGCCUGUGGGCCACCAGUCCCUGGCAGCUGGAAACAACACCGUCUUACCUCCUGGUGCCGUGGUGGAACCACAGAAACACUACCGCGCCUCCCAAGCCCAGCACGUCCAGCCACAGCACAGGCAUCAGCACCCCCACAGGAAGCAGGCCACCGCAGCCACGGCGGAGGUGACAUACGACCAGCCCCCCAAGUGCGAGAUCAGUGGGAAGGAAGCCAUUUCUGCUCUGUCCAGAGCUAAGAGCAAACACUGCCGGCAGCAGAUCGCUGAGGUGUACUGCAGGCACAGGGAGGGGCGCCUGAUGCCAGAGAAAGUCACUCGGUACUGCCCUCUGGAAGGUAAAGCUAACGUGAACAUCCAGUGGGACGAGGACUCUGCUGAGAGCUUUCCACCAAACCCUGUGAGGAUCGUGUUUGUCUUAGUCAUUCACGGACGAGCCUCUCGCCAGUUUCAGCGCCUCUUCAAAGCCAUCUACCACACCUCCCACUUUUAUUACAUACACGUUGACCAGAGGUCCAACUACCUGCACAGGCAGGUCCAGAUCAUGGCGAUGAAAUAUCCCAACGUGAGGGUGACCCCGUGGCGCAUGGCCACCAUCUGGGGCGGGGCCAGUCUGCUGACCAUGUAUCUGCGCAGCAUGGCUGACCUGCUGGCAAUGAGGGACUGGAGCUGGGACUUCUUCAUCAAUCUAAGCGCUGCUGAUUACCCCAUCAGGACCAAUAACCAGCUGGUGGCCUUCCUGUCCAAAUACAGAGACAUGAACUUUAUUAAGUCCCAUGGCAGGGACAAUGCACGGUUCAUUCGGAAGCAGGGUCUGGAUCGCCUCUUCUUUGAGUGUGACACCCACAUGUGGAGGCUGGGAGACCGGAAAAUCCCAGAAGGCAUCUCUGUGGACGGAGGCUCCGACUGGUUCCUUCUCAACCGCAUGUUUGUGGACUACGUCAUUAACUCCAAGGAUGAUCUGGUCACCAACAUGAAGCGUUUUUAUGCCUACACUUUACUUCCUGCUGAGUCGUUCUUCCACACGGUGCUGGAGAACAGCGCUCACUGUGAGAGCAUGGUGGACAACAACCUGCGCAUCACAAACUGGAACCGUAAGCUGGGCUGCAAGUGUCAGUACAAGCACAUCGUGGACUGGUGCGGAUGCUCGCCUAAUGACUUCAAGCCGGCAGACUUCCCCCGCUUCCAGCAAACGGUGCGGCCCACCUUCUUUGCCAGGAAGUUUGAAGCCAGCGUCAACCAGGAGAUUGUGAACCAGCUGGACGCCUAUCUGUUCGGUCCCUUCCCUCAGGGAUCUCCAGCACUGAACUCUUACUGGGAGAGCGUGUACGACGAGCCGGACGGUGUGGCCAGCCUGUCGGACACAAUGCUCACUUACUACCACUCUUUCUCGCGGAUGGGCCUGGCCCGGGCCGCAGCCUCCCUGCAGGGAAACCCCAACGAUCACAGCUGCAGGUACUUCCCCAUGGGCCACCCGGUGUCCGUCCAUCUCUACUUCCACUCCGACCAGUUCCAGGGCUACCUGGUCAAGCACCACGCCAACAACCUGGCCACAAGAAAGCUGGAGACCAUGGAGACCUGGGUGGCGCCCAAGAAGAACUUCAAGCUAACCACGCCCCCCACAAGCACAUUCAGCCGGCUGCAGUUUGCAGAGGUUGGCACAGAGUGGGAUGCUAAAGAACGGAUGUUCAGAAACAUCGGUGGCCUCAUGGGUCCUAUGGAAGAGACGGUGGGCAUGCAGAAGUGGAACAAAGGGCCCAACGUCACAGUCACUGUUGUGUGGAUCGAUCCAACCAACGUCAUUGCAGCCACGUACGACAUCCUGAUCGACUCAAGUGCAGAGUUCACCCACUACCGCCCGCCGCUCAACCAGCCCCUGCGGCCUGGCGUGUGGAGUCUCCGCAUCCUUCACCGCUGGAGCCCCGUGGCAGAAAUCCGGUUCCUCAUUGCCCCUCUGGCCUACAACAAGCACCAGCCCAUACGUCGAGAGGACACUUUAAAGCUGCACAACGGGCCGGUGAAGAGCAGCUACAUGGAGCAGAGUUUCCAUGGCCUGAACCCGGUGCUCAACAUCCCGGUCAGCCUGGAGUACGUGGAGCAGGCCCAGCGGAACGCGGCCCUCACCGGUCUGGAGCUCGAGCGCUGGACAGACAGUCUUGUUGGCGAGCUGUGGGAAGCAGCCGACGUGUGCGCCGUCGGCCCCACGGCCUGUCCCGUCAUGCAGGCCUGCGCCAAGAGCCCGUGGAGCUCCCUAAGCCCAGACCCCAAAUCCCAGCUGGGGGAGCCCCGAGCUGACGGGCGCAUCAGGUAGCAGCGAGGCCUCCAGCUGGAUCGGAGGUCAAGGCACUGUUUAUUUAAACUGAAAGGAGGGAUUUCUGGCAUAUGGGGCGGAGGGACGAGUGUUUUUCCUCUAAAAAAAGUGUUUCUUUAAGAGAGGGGCAGACCGUGUUGUGGGUCCUUCUUUUAAAGAAGUACUUGCUGGCUUUGCUAGUUUCUCAGUUUAUUUAUUUUUCCUCUCAUGACUGAGUUUUACUGUGAUCAAGCAUUGCAGAUUUUCCAGCUUUUAUUCUGCUGCUGAAUGAGUGAUGAAGUCAGCUUUUAAUGGCCAGCGCAGAGCUCAGGGGGUGGGGGGUGGGGGGUUGGUCCGGAUCGUUGACUCUGCUCGCAGACGAGGUUCUGCUGCACACGGCCCGUAAAGGCUGUCAAGCGAAAAGUGCCUCCUGAAGAUUUAUGACAACAUAAGAAAAAUGUCCAAAUAUCUACAGUAUAUCAACCCCCCAAACCAGUGCAAUUUAUGUUUUCAAACAUUUCAGAAUCUAGAUGUAAUAAGGAUGCAGGAACAUUUGAAAUUGUGAAAGUGUGUCCUGCUCUGCUUCCGUUUGCACACAGAUCCUAACAGAAACUUGUAAAAAUUGAUUUUUAGAGGUUUUCUGUUUGAAAGCCUCUUUUGUCCUCAAAAACACCCAGAUGUUGUGACAUCCUAACUUAAACCAACCUUUUCAUUUUCCCUCCUGACAUUUGGCUUGAUGUUGUACAUAAUUAUUUAGGGAGUUUUGAAAGCGGUAUGAAUGGUGGGGAGUUGAGUCCAUGGGUCGCUAUUUAUUUAUAAGUUUAUAUUAAUACUGAUAUUUUUAGUCAGUGACUAAAUAACUGCAACGCUGCUUUGGCAGCAUGAUACAUACUUUUUUGUAAAGAAAGCCGCCUUUAUUUAAAAAGGCCCACACCCCCUAACUGUACCUUUUUAUGGCUCGCACCUGUGUGUUAGUCAGUGUUGUCCCGUCUGAAUAGAUCUCUUGUCCUGGUUUCCUGCGGGGUGCGCUGCCCGGAGAAAGAGCUUCUCUGAGCGGCGAGGAACCUGGAAAGCCUCCGGAGAGAAGCAGGAGCUGCUCUCCUGGAGGACGCUGAGUGGUCGUGAUGUUCAUGCUGUGAUGAUCCAUUUGAAGUGAAUAUUAUACUGUAUCUUGAGUAACUGACGUGAUGGGGUCUGUUGCACCUGCUUACGUUUUGACACCCAUUAAGACAAUGUCUGUACAUUGGAGACAGGUUAAUUGGACUCGGGGCAGCACGGCACAUCCCCAACGAGCGGCUGGCUCUCGCAUAUUUGUCUUACCUUGAAACAAGUUUCAUCUGAAGGCAAUUAGGUUCUCAAUCUGUGAUUGUCAGCUUUGCUUAGUCACCACAUGAGCCAGAUGAUUGUUUCUGCACAAGCUAAUGAAGAGACAUUACAGUUCAUUAACGUCAAGUUCACCUUCUGUCAGCCGUGGCUUCAUAACCGCUCCACUCUUUCUGGACUUCAACUGUAAAGAACAGCUUGAUUUUCCACCGGAAGGCUCCUGCUGCCCCCCCUCCCCUCGUAGAACACUUACUGCACAGCACACGUAUUAUAUAAAACAAUUCAUGACAGAUUUGAAAAGCAAAGGUGAAUUAAUUACAUGUAUCUAAAUGUGAAAGUCCUAUUUUGUAACAAAAUGAUUAACAGAAGGAGAGGCUGUACAUAUGUAUUUUGUAACGAUCAUUGUUUAAAAAGGUAGUGUUCAUGUAAAUCCAGAUGUGCUAAAAUGAAUUAUUAUUGGGCGGACAGAGUGACCCAAUUGUGUUUGUCCGAGUGCAUCACCUGAGUUUGUGUUUGGGACAGCAAGCGCCUCAUGUUUCAGAGAAAAUCCGAUCAUUGCUGUUCUUGCUGGAAUGUAUUUUUGAGCAACUAUUGCACAAUUUUCUCUGACUGAUGUUCCCCCUUUGAUCCGGGGAGGCUCUGUGUGCCUUAGCUGACUUUUAGAACCUUCUCUGUCCGUCAAAGUAAAUCCUUAUUUUCUUAUUGGUUCUGACCUCAUAAAAAAAAAAAAAAAAAAAAAAAUGCCAUAACAACACCAAAAUGAUGUCUGCUGUUGUAUAUAUCCCAUCAUGCCUUCUGUCUGUGUCAGCUUUCAGUUCUCUUCCCUGGGUGGGAUUUGGUUUUUGCUGUACUGCCUUCUUUUACUUUUCUCUGACUGCCAUUUGAAAAUAAAACGUAUUCAAAACAGCAA